AUGAAUUUUCAAGAAUAACUUUAGUAAAUUAUUUAGGGAAUAUUCUCUCAAAAUAAUUAGAGUAGAAAAUAAGGGGAAGAUCGGUUAGCUUAACUUAGAGAAGCUUAACCAAAUGAAUUUGUAAUGCAAAUGCUCAAUCUUUGUAGACAUGAGGAAUUAAAAAUUAGGCAAUUUGCUCCAGUUUACUUGAGAUAUAGUCUAUCGAGGUUUGCUCCAAAGAGUCAUAAGAAUGUGUGGAAUUAAUUGAUUGUAGAAACCAAAGAAAUUGUAAAGUUGCAUCUAUUUUAAUUUAUUGAAGUGGAAAAUAGUCAUAUAGUCAGAAAUUAAUUAUGUGAUACAAUAGGAGAAAUAGGUGGAUCUUUGUAUGAAAAUGAUAACCAUAAUGAAUGGCCAAAUUUACUACCAACAUUAUGGUAAAUGUUUUUGUCAUCAAAUAAUGAUAUAAUAGAAUGUGGUUUUAAAAUUCUAGGGAAUCUAUUUAUGUAUUCUAUUGAUUAAUUUGAUAAAUAUUAACAAGAUCUUCAUACUUUAUUUGUUUAAGGAUUGGUAAGUCCAUAAAUUAAAAUUAAAUCAUCUACUAUGCAUGCUUUAGGCAAUUAUAUUAAAUAUUCAUUACCUAUAUAAUAUAAGAUCUUUUAAGAUUUAAUAUCAAAUAUGAUGAAAUCUGCACUUGAAAUUACAAUUUAAGAUCAAUCAUUAGGUGAAGGUAUUAUGGAAGUCUUUUCAAAUAUAGUGGAUUCUAAACCUAAAUUUUUAAGAAAGUAGUUUAAUAUAUUCUUUAAUGGAAUUUAUAGUAUGUUUAGAGAAUCCUAAAUAGAGAAUGGUGUUAAGAGAAUUGGAACUGAAACUUUAUUGAGUAUGGUUGAAAAGUUUCCAGGAUUGUUUAAAUUUGAAAAAAUCUAUUUAAUGUAAGUGGUUGAAAUGAUAUUCUUUCAUAUGAUAUAAAUAAGUUCUACUAUUACUGAUGAAUGGAUGAAACCUCCAGAAGGAUUUAAUGAUGAUAUAGAAUAAGAUGAAGAUUGUGAGACAACAAGAUUUGGAAUGUCUAGUAUAGAUAGAUUAAUAGAAUCAUUAGGUAAAAAGGAAAUGUUACCUCUUUUAAAUCCAAUAGUAAGUGAAUUAUUAAGACAUUAAGAUUGGAGAUGUAAACAUGCUGCCAUAAUGGGUUUAUCUCAAGUAGGUGAAUAUAUUGAUAAUAUUGUUGAUAUCAAAUCAACAAUAGAAUUGAUAUUACCUAUGUUAAAUGAUAAUAAUUCAAUGAUACGAUAUGCUGUAUGUCAUGCUAUUGGAUAGAUUGCAGAUGAUAUGAAACCUAAAUUCUAAGAAUCUUACUUGCAUAUUGUUGUACCAUAAUUCUUGAAUCGUUUAACUGUAGAGGAUGUUCCAAGAGUAAAUUCUCAUAUUUUAGCUGCUCUUACAAAUUUUGUAGAGGGAACUGAAAAAGGUAUAGAGGCUUAUUUGCCUAAUUUAAUUUAGUUAUCAAUUAAAUUUUUGAACACAGGUAUUUCUAUUGAAAAAGAAAAUGCCAUUAGUGUUAUUGCAGCAACAGCAGAAUCAAGUAAAUUAUUUUUUAUUCCAUAUGUAAAUGAAUUACUUCCAUUAUUAUUCUAAAUAUUUUCAACUCAUCAAACAAAAUAAUAUAGAUAAUUGAAAGGUUAAGCAAUUGAAACUAUUACUUUAAUAGCUUCAGCAGUAGGAGAGUAAGUGUUUCUACCUUUUUUAGAAUAGACUGUUUAGAUUUUAAUUCAAGUAUAAACUAGUAAUUUGGAAGCUAUUGAUCCAUAAAAGUCUUAUGUACUUUCAGGAUGGUAGAGAUUGGCUUUAGUUUGUCCGUAACAAUUAGCAAAAUAUCUUGGAUAAAUUGUACCUUCCUUAUUUCAAUUAAUCUAAUAAGUGUUUAAUAUCAAUACUACAGAAUCAAAUAAAGAAUUGCAUACAUAUGAUAAUGAGGAAGCUGAAGUUGCAAUUCAUAUGUUAUCUGUCUUUAUUGAAGAACUUAAACAAUCAUUCUUUCCUUUUGUAGAGAAGUGUAUACAAUUAAUUGUACCAUUAUCUUAAUUUAAUUCUGAUGAAAACAUUCGAAGUGCUGCUUGCAAAUGUUUAGUCAGUUUGGUUAAGAAUGUUAAAGAAACUAACAAUCCAUAAUAAUUGAUAAAUGGUGCUAAGUAUUUCCUUGGAAUCAUUUUAGAAGCAGCAUUUAAAGAAUCUGAUCCCUCUGUGAUUAUUGAAUAAAUUGAUUGCAUUAAAGAAAUAAUUGAUAUUGUUUCUUAGCCAUUUAUGACAACAGAGGAAGUCACAGAAUUAUCAGAUAAAGUAUUUAAAUUAUUGUUAGAAUCAGAUAAAAGAAGGGCUGAGAAUGAGAAUUUAGCUAAGGAAGAAGAUGUAGAUGAAGAUGAAAAGAAUGCUAUAAAGGAAGAUACUGAAACAGAAGAGAAUUUACAUGGAAAGAUUGCUGAAUGUAUUGGUUCUUUAUUCAAAACUCAUAAAGAAUUUGUCUUACCUCUCUAUGAAAUUAUAUGCAAUCAAAUAUUACAAAAAGUUCUUGAUUAGCAUAAAUCUGCUAAAAUGCAUCAAUUUGGACUUUGUCUAAUAGAUUAUAUGAUUGAGUUUUUGGGAUUCCCAUAUAUCCAAAACCAUUUCAUUGAUCUUGCUUAAGCCUUAACUAUCUAUGCAGUUGAUAAAAUAUGCUCAGUCAGAUAGGUGGCUGUAUAUGGAAUAGGUUUAAUGGCUAUAAACACUCCUUAAGAAUUGUAUUUAUAAGUCUCGUAAUCUCUAUUAAAAGCAUUAGUUGAUUCUUUGAAAGCACAAAAAGAUUAAGAUGAUAAUGAAAAACACUUUGGAUAAGCAAGAGAUCAUUCAAUCUCUGCUUUAGGUAAAAUUAUUAAAUCUUAACCACAAUCAUUAGGAUAAGAUUUAAUAUAGGGUAUAGAAACAUGGUUAUAUUUAUUGCCUUUGCAAUAUGAUAAAAAAUAAGCUUAUAUUUAACAUAAUCAAUUGGCUGAAUUUAUAAUUUAAAAUGGAGAAUAAUUCGUUAAUGGUAAAUCUGAUAAUGCAUUAUAAGUACUAUUUUAUUUUAAUAUUAUUUAGAUUCUCAAAGUAUUUGCUAAUUGUUAUAAAUCAAAGUGGUCUACAACAUUUAUAGAUUCAUAGAUAGUUAAUGCUCUUAGGAUCUUUGAAUAGUUAGAUUCAGUGAAAGUAUUUCUACAAUAAAUAUUUUAAAAAUUGAGUCCUGAAGAUUAAAAGAAAUUAUUAGAUAUACCUAAAUGA